AUGCCUCUAUCCACCGGUCUCCGGAAAAGGCGUCUUCCUCCUCAACAACCUCCAGCCAGGGAAUUUCAACCCGGUCAAAGCGAGCUUCUGCUGCUUGCGACGCCUGCUCCCGAUCAAAGACGAAAUGUGAUGGGAAGUUCCCUUGUGCGGCGAUGUGUCCUCCCGGGCCACGAGCUUGCUCGUCAGAAUCGUGGCACUAGCACCGAGGAUCGUGAGGAGAUCGAGGCGGCCGACACCCGACCAGAAGAUUCAGCCUGGCAAGAUCUGGGAUCUACCAACGAAAACAUGACAUGUGCAGAUGGCCAAGACAGUGUUGACACGAGCAGGCAGUCUGGCGACAAUUCUUGCAGUCAAGUGCCCGUAGACGGGGACUCAGAACCCCCUUCUCAACAGCAGUCAACAGAGCCACUGGUAAAUCCUGCAGACACCCAGCCCCUGAAUUCAUUUGGUCUGAGUGAUGGACCUAACUGGAACGACUUUACUUCACUCGACUGUCACAAUCCAUUCGAGUACGAGAACCUCACGCAACUUUUCUGGUUUCCCGAGACCUUUGUUCUCGACGACCUGGCUCUAGGACAAGGGCCUGGCCAGGGUUCUGCCCAUGGAGCACAUGGGCCAAGCAGCGCGGACAGUGCUGUGGAUCCAUAUGCGGAUUGGGUCCAUUCUCAUCCUCUGAAAAAGGGACCUACAGUUGAAGUGAUCCGGAUUUGUGACUUCUUGCACGAUUCGAAGAGUUGGGCACAGAUUAACACGCUCGAGGGCAGACCGGGCUUGAAACGAACGUUAGGCCCAGUGGUCGCGGGCGGACUACGUGACACUGUUUCUUCUCGGAUACACGUCAUGGUCUCCAAGGCACUUGAUCAAGAUCUUGUCAGAAAGAUUCCGCAUCUAUUUCCGCCUCUCCAGACCGUCCAAGCAAUACUGGCAGAAUAUCAUCGGAAUCUCGCCCUGCUCUACCCGAUGGUACAUCCAACUACCUUCUUCGAGUCCACCUGGGGCGAAGAUGAAGCGUAUUCCGACAUUGGCCUCUUCUUUUCCACCUUGAUGGUGCUUGGCUGUGUCACUAUACCUUUGCCGGAGGCUCGAUCGUUCGCGAUCCAGCUGGCCUUCCUCAUCCGCAACAUGAUCAACGAGACCAUGACGAGGGAUGAAAAUCAAAUUAACGAUAUUUGGACCAUGAGCACCGCGCUACUGGUGACGGUGUUCAGCGCUUGGUGUGGCAACAAGAGACAUGCGGAGCUUGCAGAGGCGUUUCGGGGCACCUUUUCAACGGCGUUUCUCCGCCGAGGCUAUUUCAAGUCUGCUGCUCCCGUUGAUGACGGGGCCAUCUUUGCCAACUGGGGAGCCUGGAUAAACAGAGAGCGAAAGACUCGUAUGGGAUAUGUCUGGUAUAUUGUGGAACAAGAAAUUGGCCUCUUCCACUGUCUAUCCCCUACGAUCCACUUCUCGGAUAUGCGCAGCCCCAUUCCCUCGGCGGAUGAACUCUUCUUCGCCGAGACGGAAGAAGAAUGGAGUGCGUUGGUACGGAGCUACCGUCAACUCGAAGGUCCAGGAAAUACGUCGAGACUACACCCGCCAUCCCUUGCGGCGUUCUACGGCAUGUUCCUUCGGCACGAUUUUCUUGAGCGGCACUGCCACGUCACCCCAUUGCAGUUGAGGCUUUUGCUGUGUGCGAUCCAGACUCAAGUCACCCAGUUCGUCCAGAGCAAUCGAUUCGUCAGUACCGAACAGUCCUAUGCCGACGACCCACAUAUCGAAACCAGCAGUUUCGCGUCCCUCCGGCAGGAAGAACUGCAAACCAUGCUUGUGAAGUGGUACAUUCUGAGACAAAGAGUCCUCGGGACCGACGGCGAGACUGAGAUGACGCUUGCGUGCAAGCUGAUUUACCAUCUGGUGUGGCUGGAGUUGCUCAUCUGUUUCAGUGACAUCCAACUUCUUGCCGGCCGGGAGGGACCAGCGGGCGCCAAACCGCUGAUACCACAGUUCCAACGAUGGUUUCGGUCGCCAUCCUCGCUCAAGGCGCUGGCACAUGUAGGCCAGGUCCUGGAAACCUUGCAGUGUCCGAGGUAUACGGUCCUGCGGCCGCUCUGGUGGCCUGUCGCGUUAUUUCGCGUUUCCUUGAUCAUGUGGGCUUACAGCGUCGGAUUUAAACUCCAACCGAGCCGCGCGCAGCAGGAAUACGAGCUGGAGUUCGGGUCUGCCCCGCGAAUACCAGUAAAUGAUCCCGAGCAGGAUACGGGACCCCACGGAAGGGUCAUACGGCAAGGGGAGGGUAUUCCUUGUGUGCUUCACCCCACGGGGGCAUUGAUCCCCGUCACAGAAUUCCACGACGCUUCCAAAGCGUGUCUGGAUCUGCUGGAAGAAGGGAGAGUCCAGAGUACCCCUAUAUGUGAGGAUGUGUACCGCUUCUUGCAAGCCAUCAGACAGUACGACUUUGUCGGCACGAAACCGUGA